GCCCCCACCUCCCUCUCCAUCCUCCUCCACUUGGAGCUUUUUGCCUUUGUCCCCAAGGUGUCCCCACACCCCCCCCACACACCCACACCCACCCCAGGGGGCUCGGUGCCCACCACCCAAAGUUCUCAGGAUUCCUCACCCAGCACGGCUCCUCACCCAGGAUUCCUCAUCCCAGCAGGACGGGAUGAAGCUGCUGCUUGCUGUCACCUUCCUGGCCGCGGUGGCACUGGGACACCAUGACCCCACCUUGGACUGGCACUGGAAGCUCUGGAAAAAAGCCUAUGGCAAGGAAUAUCCCCACCAGGUGGAGGAAGGGGCCAGACGUGCCACCUGGGAGAAGAACCUGAGGUUGGUGACACUGCACAACCUGGAGAAGUCCCUGGGGCUCCACUCCUACGAGCUGGGCAUGAACCACCUGGCAGACAUGACCAGCAGGGAGGUCUCAGCUCUGCUGACCGGGCUCCAGGUUGCUGCUCAGAGGAAGGUGGGGACGUCCCCAUCCCGCUGGCACAGCCGGGAUCAGCUCCCGGAGAGGAUGGACUGGAGGGAGCAGGGUUGUGUCACCGAGGUGAAGAACCAGGGUUCCUGUGGGUCCUGCUGGGCUUUCAGUGCCGUGGGAGCUCUGGAGGCCCAGGUGAAGCUGAAAACUGGGAAGUUGGUGGCUCUGAGCGCCCAGAACCUCAUCGACUGCUCCAGCACCUACGGGAACCAGGGCUGCAGCGGGGGCUUCAUGACCAACGCCUUCCAGUACAUCAUCGACAACCAGGGCAUCGACUCCGAGGAGUCCUACCCCUACACAGCCCAGGUGAGGACCUCAGGGACCCCCCAACCCCUCCCCAAACCCCAACCCUGACCCACAGCACCAUGG